CAUUUUCCACACAGAUGGGUCUGAUUGAGACGACACGGGGGCUGCUCCCAGGGGCGGGGGGCAGUCAGCGGCUGCCACGGAUGGUUGGCAUCACUCUGGCCAAGGAGCUCAUAUUCACAGGAAGGCGUGUUGGAGGACAGACAGCUCUGGAGAUGGGACUCAUAAACAGAGCCGUGGAACAGAACCAGACUGGAGAUGCUGCCUACAGAGAGGCGCUAACUUUGGCCCGAGAGAUCCUGCCUCAGGUCAUCCCCACACGGGACCGGCAGGAGGGGAUGGCAGCCUUCAUUGAGAAGAGACCCCCGCGGUACACCGGGGAGUGACCGUGUCCCACUCACCUUCAGCUCUGCCUUUUAUGUCCUCAUGCUAAAAAAGUAUUGGCGUCUUCUUUUUUUCUAUUUCUACUUAGAAGAUUAUUAUAAUUAUUAUUAUUAUAACAGCUGAGCUGUUUUAUCAGAUGUUUGUCACAGUAGUGUGAGGAUAGCAAUAGUUAACUGUUAUAAAUAAGUUACUUUAAGGUGAUCAGAAGUGAGCAUUUGAAAAAGAAAUUGCCGCCUUCAGUUUAUGCCAAUGUACRUUCUUUAUUUCCAAACUUGAAAUUGUGACCGAGCAUGGCCAUGGCACAGUCUUUGCAAACAGUGUAUAUAUUGCAAUUUUUACAUUUAAAUUGUGGAAAACCRUCUUGUAUUUAGGACAGUAUUUAGGUAUUCAAAGAAACAAUGUGAUCGUUUUUGAGCAACAGUAAAGUUUAGUCAUCAACUUCUUCUGUCUCUUAUUGAAACCAAUGAUCAGCUCAGGAACACAUGGACAUUUAACCACCGUCACACAACCUGGUAUAACAACACCUUUAAUCUCAGCAGAUGUAGGUACACUAACAGCUGCAUAUCAGGUGCCAUAUUUGUAGCCAGACAUUUGUAUUAUUACAGUAAUUUAAACCCUUGUACAUCUAAGAACAUGCAYRCUUUCUGACCYGUUGCUUGURCUUUAAUUUAUUAGCCUUCAGUCUGACUGCACUCUGUAAAAGUGGUUGAUCACACAGAAAAUAGGAGAUGGGGCGUUUAAAGAGCUGAACAAAAAACUGGUGGCAUCUUUGAAGAAAAGACGUAAACAUUGGGAAAAGUUAUUAAUAAUUUACCUGCUAUGCACAAUUAUUGAAAGAAAAAACAAAAGGCGUACGACAGAAACUUCCAACCAACUGAACUGACCUUAAAGUCAUAUUCGCUUUCAAAAAAAUGUGAUUUUUACAAUGUUUAUGGGAUCUAUAGUAAAGGUAACCACUAAAUAUGCAUCAUUCAUUACCAGAAGUCUACAGCACAAAUUGUAUGAAACAAAUGAAGCCAGUCAGGUUUGUUACCAACAGUUAAGCAAUGUUUACAUCUGAACAUUGACGAGUCCACUUCAGUCCACUGAUACUGAGUCAG